UCAAAGAUCUCUGAAGUAAGAGUAGCAGAGACUCAAAAUGUGCAUUCUGUGUCAGAGAUCACAAAACUAGUGAGUAUAAAUGUGAAACAUGCUCAAAAAGAGAUGAAAUAUGUCAAUAUACUCUGCUUAAAUGCUCUAAUUGCAAAGAAAAACAUGCAUCUAGCUCAAAAGAAUGUAUAUUUGCUUCAAGAACUCAAAAGAACUGGAGAAAAGAUGAAGCUCAGAG